GAGCGGUAGUUUUGGUUUCUUUUUCAGUGUGUUCGUUUUGUCGUAGUUCGUUCCUUAUAUCCAUUUGAGUUCAUCGUAACUCUCCUUAUUUCUUUUCCGAUCUAAUGUUCUGAAUAUAUAUAAGCUGAUCAGCCGUUAGAUUAAACAAAUAUAUGAUUCUAUCCUUCUGUAGACAGAAUUAUCUCGAUUUUCGUUUAUAUGAACAUGUUAGGUAUUACCCAAAAUGUCUUAGACCUUCAACAGCUUCGAAUUGUCGGUGUGCAGUGGUAUCAAAUCCUCAGUUGUAAUACUCCCUAGGUAUCUGAUCCAUAAAGGGUGACAGAACAUGAAUAAAUAUGUGCUUAUUACUACCUCGAUAACCGGUGUAGAUCGUAAUACAUUUAACAGUAUCCCAAAGGGUCAUCAUACUCAAACUACAACUAGAAAGGUUUUCGUUGUUGUUUUGUUAAGGAUAUUUUAAGAUAUCAGUAAAUUUAUUGGUAAUAGGUUGGAAAAGUAGUUUAAGAAUCCAUUGACCUUAUCUAGGUUCCUUGGCGUCGAUGUAAAAUCAUCCUCAAGAAGUACCGAUACGUUUUUCCUCACCUACAUUCUUUACUUUGGGGUUGCCAUUCUUUAAGGUCACCAAUAAGUUGUUUCGAACGUGUCUGGACUUUCAUAAAACCGAAAAAUAGAUCCUGACUUGUAGAUACAAAGAUCUAGCUUCACAUAUGUUUAGUAACGUAAAUUGCUGCCUUGCUUUUUUCAUUUCUGAAGGAGGGUUUGAUCGUUGCUAAACUAGAGAACACUCAAACCAAGAGAAGUCAUAUAUCUAUACCCGAUCUUCUCUACUGCUACUGGUGCUAUUACCAUAUCUGCUCCUCUGGUACACAUCUUACUAGUUUCAGUUCGUUGUGCUAAUGUGGUGUGGUAUAUGACGAUCCCCUUAGUCUUCUUGUUUUCAACCAUUGACGUGUAAACACGGAGCCAGGUCAUCAAAUGUAUUAUUGUUAGUUGUAUAGAUCUCGUCGUACAUGUGUUCAAACGGAAAAUUCACGAUUUCAAACUUAAUCCAAUGAUAUAAAUUUUGGGAAAGUUGAGUAGUAUUGAUGAUAGCUUGAUAUUUUUGUUUAUACACUUACUGAGUAGUACUAAAUGUAUCUUUUAUUAGUAAUCGUUUGCGUAUCAUUACUCGAUACCAUGGCUAAUCGCACAGUCAAAGAUGCACAUACAGUUCAUGGGACAAAUCCUCAGUAUCUUCUGGAGAAAAUAGUUCGAAGUCGAAUUUAUGAAUCAAAAUUCUGGAAAGAGCAUUGCUUUGCUCUUACAGCUGAAUUACUUGUCGAUAAAGCUGUGGAACUUCGUUAUGUUGGUGGUGUGUAUAGUGGAAGUGUUAAACCAACUCCUUUUCUAUGUCUUACAUUAAAAAUGCUUCAAAUUCAACCUGACAAAGAUAUUGUUAUCGAAUUUAUCAAACAAGAACCAUACAAGUACGCUCGUGCUUUAGGAGCAUUUUAUCUUAGACUAGUUGGUGAUUCUGUUGAAAUAUACAAAUAUCUUGAGACGUUGUAUAACGAUUUUCGACGUCUUAAGUUUCAAGAUAAAAUGGGAAAUUUCAGUUUAAUUUACAUGGAUGAUUUUAUUGAUCAACUUCUUACUGAAGAACGUGUCUGUGAUGUUAUUUUACCUCGUUUACAAAAACGUGAAGUUCUUGAGGAGCUAAAUGGUUUAGAACCACGACAAUCACUUCUAAAUGAAGACUUAGAAGAUUUACAAUAUGUUGAGGAGCUGGACACCUUGAAUCAUGUUGAAGAGAGUUAUAAAUCUAAGGAUAAAGAAAAACAUAGGAGACGAGAUUAUGGAAAAGACCACCAUCAUCGACGUAGACAUCGUGAAGAGUCUCCUCAUGCUGAACGCAGAGAAAGAGAUAGAGACCAUAUAUCAUCAAGACAUAAAGAUCGUGAAGAGAAUGAACGCAAACAUGAUCGCGAGAAAGCUCAUAGACGUAGUCAUUCUGGAGAUCGUCGAAAUGGUCGAUCCAAACGUGAUGAUAGUCGUUCACCAGAUCAUAAACGUACCCGAGAUAAAGAUCGUGAUAGACGACAUUAAAUGUUUAAUAGACACUGAUAUAUUGUAUAUACUAUGUUAAUAAAUACUUUUUGUAU